UCAUGAAUAUUGUAGGCAAAUGGAUGGAACUAGAAAAGAUCAUCCUGAGUGAAAAUAUCAUCCAAGAACCAAAAGAAGGAUAUGCAUGAUGGAAGAAGCAAUAAAGAAAUCUGAGCAUCUGGACCCAAGACCAGAUAACUGACAAGAAGCUAGAGGAUUUCUUUCCAUGAAGCUUGUUAAACAGAAAGUUUCUACUCAUUCUCAGAUAUGAGAACUGGAAGACCUCUGGACCCAUAGUAUACUACCUGAAGACUGUUAGCUGCCUGGCGGCACAGACAUCUAUCUUCAGAAAACAUCUAUAGAUGAAAGGAGGAACAAAACAGCCCAGACACCUGACAUUGCAACUAAACAUAUCACUCAAUAUGGAUUUUAGGAACUCGACCUUGGGCAGUGGCUUCAUCUUGGUGGGGAUUCUGGAUGACAGUGGUUCUCCUGAACUGCUCUGUGCCACAAUCACAGCCCUGUACAUGCUGGCUAUAACCAGCAAUGGAGUGCUACUCCUGGUCAUCACUAUGGAUGCCCGGCUCCAUGUGCCCAUGUAUCUCCUACUUGGACAGCUGUCUCUCAUGGACCUCCUCCUGACAUCAGUUAUCACUCCAAAGGCUGUCAUGGAUUUUCUGCUCAAAGACAACACCAUUUCCUUUGGGGGUUGUGCCCUUCAGAUGUUUCUAGAACUGGCAAUGGGUAGUGCAGAGGACCUCCUUCUGGCCUUUAUGGCCUAUGACAGGUAUGUGGCCAUUUGUCAUCCUCUAAAUUACAUGAUCUUCAUGAGGCCAAGUGUCUGCUGGUUCAUAGUAGGUGCUACUUGGAUCCUGGCAUCAGUGAUAGCCCUAGGACUUACCAUCUACACUAUGCAGUAUCCCUUCUGUAAAUCCCGGCAGAUCAGACACCUGUUCUGUGAGAUUCCUCCAUUGCUGAAGCUGGCCUGUGCAGACACCUCCACAUACGAGUUGAUGGUUUAUUUGGCAGGUGUUUCUAUGCUGAUUCUCCCUCUUGCUGUUAUUCUGGCCUCCUAUGUACGAAUUCUGUUUACUGUACUUAACAUGCCCUCAAAUGAGGGCAGGAAGAAAGCCCUUGUCACCUGUUCUUCUCACCUGAUUGUGGUUGGGAUGUGGUAUGGGGGUUCCUCACUCAUGUAUGUCCUUCCGAGUAAAUUUCACAGUCCCAAACAAGACAAUAUCCUCUCCAUUUUCUAUACUGUUGUCACUCCGGCUCUGAAUCCCCUCAUCUACAGCCUGAGGAAUAAGGAGGUCACAGGGGCUUUAAGGAGAAUUUUUGGAAGACGGUUAGUGCCAGCACAAUCCACUUUCUAGUUAGUUCC